AUGAGUCGUGGGGCGGCAGCUGGGACGAAGGGGAAGAAGAAGGGGGCUUCCUUUGUGAUAGACUGCGCGAAGCCAGUGGAGGAUAAGAUCAUGGACAUCGCCUCACUGGAAAAGUUCCUCCAGGAGCGCAUCAAGGUCGGCGGCAAGGCCGGUGCUCUCGGUGACGCCGUCACCGUCUCUCGUGAGAAGAACAAGAUCACCGUCACCUCUGACUCCAACUUCUCGAAGAGGUAUCUUAAAUACUUGACCAAGAAGUACUUGAAGAAGCACAAUGUGAGGGAUUGGCUUCGCGUAAUUGCUUCCAACAAGGACCGCGGUGUUUAUGAGUUGAGAUACUUCAACAUUGCUGAGAACGAGGGGGAGGAGGAAGACUGA